GUACUACAUUCAUCCUGCAAUUUUCUUCUACCUGUGUGCUUGAGUUGAAGAUACACACCUACAAAGCGAAGUUUGCUUAACUGGCUUUCGGCCUGCCGUGUGUGGAUUCCCACAAGUGUGUGUGUCUGUCUGUGAGUGUGUGUACAUACUGUUCCAUUUAAAACUCAACCUCGCGUUUCUUUUGUCUUUGGCGUUCAUUUUCUUUUCUGUUUUCUCCGUUACUCUCUUCAUCUGCUGCUUCUCGGUGGAAAACAGCUAUACAGAUAAUUAAAGCUGACACAUGUAGGUGUGUGUAGAACACAGUCUCGGGUUAUUUUAUGCACGGCUUUCGCCUUUCUCGUUUUUCCACUGUUUUUUUUCUCUCUCUCUCUCUCUCUCUGUUGUGCUGCGCAAACGUACUUGUCGAUCUUUUGAAAGAGCAGCUCCACCAUUCUGUUUCUCCAUUUCACCUCUUUCGGGUGUCCACUUGUCGCUUCCGCAUUUCGCACAUAUGGGAGAAAGAAAAAAAGAGCCUUUUCUUUUUCACCUUCAUUGAACCGCCCGCUACCACUUUCGACACCAUAUAUCUAUAUAGAGACAGAGUUUAUACACGCAACUUGUCUGGCACACAAUUUCACGAUCUUCUUUGUAAUAUCCGUUGAAUACACGCGCACACGCCGUACCUCUCACCCCAGCGUUGCUACCUGAGAGUAUUCAAUUUAGUUUGCCUGUUCUUCCUGGUUGUUUACACGCACCGCGCUGUUCUCUGUUGAGAACGAAUUUAGAAGCGCUGGGCGAAUUACUCCAUCCUGUAUUGCAUCGCUUCAGAGUUUCGUGGUGGGAAAAGGCAGUGCAUCCUUUUUUGUUGUUUAUAGUUCUGUUAUUGGCGGCGCUGACGCUGCUCAGUCACCGCACGAAGAAGGUGAGCACGUAGCAUCCGUGUUCUUGAAUUACUCGCCGAGAAGCCGUUGUCUACACCGGCAACUAAAAGCACAUCCAGUCGCUGUGCUUGUCGUUGGGUGCUCCUCUGCACGCCCGAUAGGACCUGUAUCCCAAAAGGAGACUGGUUCUUGCUCCUCGCGGUUUCCUCCCCGCGUGCGUGUUUGUGCGUGUGUCCACAAGACUCUUUCAAACCUGGUUUCUCGUGCGCGAUGGCCCCGAAACGCGCACCACCGCGUCGGCCGCCAACGAAGCAGCCGAUGACCUCGGUAAAGCAGAUACACUACCUCAAUCAGCAGCAGGCGCAGAUGGCACGUAUGUUCCAGCAGCAGGCACGUGACCGCCGCACGCACAUCGCGCGGUCCGUUGCGAUGUUCAGCCUGCUCCUUCUCAUCAGCACCUACUCAUACAAGUCGUAUGGCCUCGUUGUGUCGAUUGCGGUGGUAGUAGCGGGGUGGAUGCUGGGCUUCUUGGAGGCAGUGCAGAUCGCUCUUGCGUGGAUUGUCCGUAAUGCCGCACAGCCGAGCUACGACGAGCUGCUGCGCCGUGCUGAUAUUAUGAGCCAGCCGGUCAAGGCGAAGGAAACGCUGUCGGGCGAAAACGAAUCCCUGGCCUACGGCUGCAGCAGCAUGCAGGGCUGGCGCCGCUCCAUGGAAGACGCACACACGCUGCUGCUGCUGGACAAGGGCGGCUUCUUUGGCGUCUACGACGGCCACAGCGGGGCUGCCACCUCGAAGUAUUGCGGUGAGUACAUGUUUCAGUUUGUACACCAAACGACCGCCUUUAUGCGCGGCGAAAUAUCUCAGGCGCUCUACGACGGCUUCAUCGCGAUUGACAAGUAUCUCCACUCCCUCCCAAGCUUCGAGCGAGGCGGCUGCGCGGCUGUCGUGCUGUAUGUGGACGGCGACGAUUUGUACUGCGCGAACGCGGGCGACAGUCGCUGCAUUAUGUGCCGAAAUGGCAGCGUGGACAGCCUCAGCACCGACCACAAGCCCUUCCUACCUGCUGAGCAGAUGCGUAUUGAGCGGGCGGGCUGCUACGUUCUGAACCGUCGUGUGAACGGCAUGUUGGCGUUAAGCCGCGCAAUUGGCGAUUUCAUGUUUAAGAAUAAUUCGCAGGUGUCGUGGGAGAUGCAGGCGGUGACCUGUGCUCCAGAGGUGCGGGUCACCCACUUAAACCGUGAUAAGGACGAGUUUGCGGUGCUGGCCUGUGACGGCAUCUGGGACAUGAUGACGAGCGAGCAGGUGGUGGAGUUCGUCCGCCCGCGCAUUCAGCAGCGUGUCCCACUGGGCCGCAUCUGUGAGGAGCUGAUGAACGCGUGUCUGUCGCCGCAGCCGUUUGGGCUGGGCUGCGAUAAUAUGUCCGUCAUCAUCGUCACGUUCAAGCGCGGCUCACAAGGGACGCCGUCGCCAGCGGCCGGCGUGACAAACGUUGGGGACGCGACGCAGACAGCAGCGUCCACACCGAGCCCUGACAGCCAGGAGGGUAGCGGCAACAAUGGCAAUGGCACCAAAACGACAGCUGGUGCCGCCGGAGAUGCCUUGUUAGAUCAUUCCGACGCUGCCGGGAACACAACUGCUAGUGCAGAAGAUCGCAAAAGUUCGAUAGACUACAGAACGAUGCAGGUCGAGGUAUCGGCCAAUGCCUCGAAAGGAAACCUCCCCCAAUCGCAUAGCCCGCCGACGCAGACACCGUUAACUACAGACGCGUUGUCGUCGACGCUGACGGUGCCGACGGUGCCGCGUGACACGGUAGGUGGCAUCGCCAACACGCACAACGGCGCGGCGCACCGCGCCGGUAGUGAAGGCAAAGAUGGCCUUUUUGAAAGUGCUGGCAGCGGAAACGCAAUGAAGGCUUCUACGCCAUCGCCCCAGAGAGCCGGUGCGGUAUCACCAGAUGUCCCGAAGGAACGUGGUCUAAGGCGCAGAAUCAUAUGA